AUGGGUACACGUUUAUCUACUGGAUCUCCGUCAUCAGCACAUGUCCGUAGUGGCAGUACAACACAAACAACAACCACAAGUAGUUCUUCGACACAUAAUCGUGCACAUCACCAUGGAGGUACAAAUCAUUCAACAGCGGCAGUUGUUAGCAGCGGUCAUAAUACGAGUAGUGCCGCAGCAGUAGGGGGUCGAGCGAAUGCACAUUCACCAUCCGCUGCAUUUCGUUUGUUCAGCCGUUCAAGGACUACAUCUUCUGGCACAUCGUCUGUCAUUGAUCCAUCAUCAUUUAACUCAAGUGUGUUACGCUAUGUUGUUGGUUUAGAUGCACAUCCACAAGAUUCAGACGCCAGUUCUGACGAGGAAUCACCAAGAGCUACCAGAAGAUUACAUCAUUUCUUAUUUGCUUUACGUGGUAAGUUAAAUGACAUACAAUGUCCCGUAUGCAGCAAGACUAUUCCAUCAGACACGUUUGAUGUUCACAUUUUACAGUGUUUAUCGAAACCAAGAAUUGAUUAUAAUGAAGACGUGCUAACUGAAGAUAAAGGUGAAUGUGUUAUAUGUCUGGAAGAAUUAGAAACUGGACAAAAAAUUGCACGAUUGCCAUGUCUAUGCAUUUAUCAUAAACACUGUAUCGAUGAAUGGUUUCGCCGCAAUCGGUGUUGCCCAGAACAUCCAGGGGAUUAA